UGCCCCCUGCAUUGGAAGAGUCCUAGCCACUGGACCGCCAGGGAAGUCCCUGCAGAAAAUAUUUUUGAUCACCUCCCUGUUGUACAUGGAAUGGCCCUCCAGGCAGCUGGAAAACCAAAUUUCCUACAAUUGGGUGACUGUGUGUUCCAGGCAUUGAAAGACAGAGAAGUGAGGACAGAGACGUGGAGAGACAGGGAGAGAGAAGUGAAGAGAGACACAGAGAGACAGAGACUUGGAGAGACACAGAGAGACGUGGAGAGACGAAGCAAGACGCUAAGCAAGGAGGGUGUGAGACAGGAGAAGCUUGGCUGCCCCUGGAGCCCCGGCCCCGCCUUCAUGCCCAGCAGGUGGCCCACCUGGCCCAUCUUCCCAGAUUCCCCACUCGGGGGGGCUUCAUCACACCCUCUCCCCAGGUAAGCCUCAGCCCGUGCUGCAGGUGGUCUGAUUCACAAUCCCCCAAGUGACUCUUGAGGAGCGUCUGCAGGCAGGAGGAUGGCCCAAGUCCUGCACGUGCCAGCCCCCUUCCCAGGGACCCCCGGCCCAGCCUCCCCGCCCACCUUCCCCUCCAAGGAGCCCGACCUGCCCUACUCCGUGGAGACACCCUACGGCUACCGCCUGGACCUGGACUUCCUCAAGUACGUGGACGACAUCGAGAAGGGCCACACGCUGCGGCGGGUGGCCGUGCAGCGCCGGCCCCGCCUCGGCUCCCUGCCCCGCGGCCCUGGCUCCUGGUGGACGUCCACCGAGUCUCUGUGCUCCAACGCCAGUGGGGACAGCCGCCACUCGGCCUACUCCUACUGCGGCCGAGGCUUCUACCCGCAGUACGGCGCCCUGGAGACCCGCGCCGGCUUCAACCCGCGCGUGGAGCGCACGCUGCUGGACGCCCGUCGCCGCCUCGAGGACCAGGCGGCCGCCCCCACCGGCCUGGGCUCCCUGACCCCCAGCGUGGCUGGCUCGACAAGCUCACUGGUGGGCGUGGGGCUGCCACCCCCGACGCCGCGGGGAUCAGGACUGUCCACGCCGGUGCCGCCCAGUGCUGGGCACCUGGCCCACGUGCGGGAGCAGAUGGCGGGGGCCCUGCGGAAGCUGCGGCAGCUGGAGGAGCAGGUGAAACUGAUUCCCGUGCUCCAGGUGAAGCUGUCGGUGCUGCAGGAGGAGAAGCGGCAGCUCACAGUGCAGCUCAAGAGCCAGAAAUUCCUGGGCCACCCGGCGGGAGCCCGGGGGCGCAGCGAGCUCUGCCUGGACCUCCCCGAGCCCCCCGAGGACCCGGCGGUGCUCGAGACCCGGAGCGUGGGCACCUGGGUCCGAGAGCGGGACUUGGGCAUGCCCGACGGGGAGGCAGCCCUUGCCGCUAAGGUCGCCGUGCUGGAGACCCAGCUCAAGAAAGCGCUCCAGGAGCUGCAGGCAGCUCAGGCCCGGCAGGCCGACCUCCAGCCCCAGGCCUGGCCGCCACCAGACAGCCCAGUCCGUGUGGACACUGUCCGGGUGGUGGAGGGGCCGAGGGAGGUAGAGGUGGCGGCCAGCACAGCUGCGGGGGCCCCUGCACAGCGGGCCCAGAGUCUGGAGCCCUACGGGGCAGGGCUGCGGGCCCUGGCGACAUCCGGCGGGGCCGAGAGCCCCCCUGUGUUCCGCAGCCAGGAGGUGGUAGAGACAGUGUUCCCAACACCCCCUGCAUCCACCAGCAAUGUCCACGUGGUAAAGAAGAUCAGCAUUACAGAGCGCAGCUGCGAUGGGGCAGCAGGUCUCCCACAGGCUCCUGCAGAGUCAUCCUUGUCACCCCCAGAGUCUGAGGGGGACUCCCUCGCGCAGCCAGAGAAGAACACAGGCCUGGUGCCUGCCCACGACGCCACCAACAGGGAGCCUACCAGCCAAGCAGCCCCACAGGAGUUGGAGUCAGAGGAGGCCGGGGGUGCAGGAGGGCCCCCGGCAGGUGUGCCAUCCAUCAUGAAGCGGAAAGAGGAGCCCGCAGACCCCGAGACCCGCCGGAGGAGCCUCCAGUUCGUGGGGGUCAACGGCAGCGUCUCCCCCAGGUAUGAGUCCUCAUCCGAGGAUUCCAGCACAGCAGAGAACUUCUCGGACAAUGACAGUACAGAGAACGAGGCCCCAGAGCCAGAGGAGAGGGUUCCGAGUGUGGUUGAAGCCCCCCAGCUCAGGCCCAAGGAGACGGCAAAGGCCAAGAUCAGCCGGGAGGAGUGCCAGCUGUCCCGGGAGUCUCAGCAGGCGCCCACAGCUGAGGGGGCGUCGGGAUCAAGUGCGGAAGAGGAGAUCCGGAUGGAGCUCAGCCCCGACCUCAUCUCAGCCUGCCUGGCCCUGGAGAAGUACCUGGAGAACCCCAAUGCCCUCACCGAACGGGAGCUGAAAGUGGCCUACACCACGGUGCUGCAGGAGUGGCUGCGCCUGGCCUGCCGCAGCGAUGCCCACCCAGAGCUUGUGCGGCGCCACCUGGUCACCUUCCGGGCCAUGUCGGCGCGGCUGCUGGACUAUGUGGUCAACAUCGCCGACAGCAACGGCAACACCGCACUGCACUACUCCGUGUCCCACGCCAACUUCCCCGUGGCGCGGCAGCUGCUCGACAGCGGUGUCUGCCAGGUAGACAAGCAGAACCGCGCCGGCUACAGCCCCAUCAUGCUCACCGCCCUGGCCACCCUGAAGACCCAGCAUGACCUCGAGACUGUCCUGCAGCUCUUCCGGCUUGGAGAUGUCAAUGCCAGAGCCAGCCAGGCGGGGCAGACAGCCCUGAUGCUGGCGGUCAGCCACGGGCGGGUGGACGUGGUCAAAGCCCUGCUUGCCUGCGAGGCGGACGUCAACGUCCAAGAUGAUGACGGCUCCACGGCCCUCAUGUGUGCCUGCGAGCACGGCCACAAGGAGAUCACGGCGCUGCUGCUGGCUGUGCCCAGCUGCGACAUCUCUAUCACCGACCGCGACGGGAGCACGGCUUUGAUGGUGGCCUUGGAUGCAGGACACAGUGAAAUUGCAUCCCUGCUGUACUCUCGCAUGAACAUCAAGUGCUCGUUUGCCCCCAUGUCGGAUGAGGAGAGUCCUGCGUCAUCCUCCGCAGAAGAGUAGCCGUCAGAGGGGCCCGAGGCGCCUCUCCCGGGGGCCAGGCAGCCCCAGAGCGAACCAUCCCUGGUCCCUCAUCCCCUCCCUGGCCGGCCCCCACUCUACCCACCAAGGCCCAAGUCUCAAAUGCAAGUGGGGUUUUCUUCUGCUUCCCCAGGGAGCCCCCAACAGCUCUGAGACUUCAGCCGAAAGCAGGUUUUUUCCCAGUACCCCGGUUCAAAACAGCCGCAGCGCAGACCGAAGCUAAAUUCUUAUAUAAACUGGCGCCAGUGGCUGAUGCUGGGGCGUGGGUUUGCGAAGAACGCUGAGAACAAUCAACUGGCCAUUAAGGAUGGAGGAGGGUGAGAGGGAAAAAUAUUGUACUUCUGAAUCAUGUUCGGGGAGGGGGGGGGAAUUUGAAAGUCACUGGAAUCGCAUAUUUUCAUUUUAAUCCUCAAUGUGAUUACGCACGGAUCACGUCUGGAGUGGCCUCAUGCGCCCCCCGCUCGCUCCCCUACAUUUAACUGUUCGGUAUAUAAUAGCAUUUUGUCCACUUCCCCCUCCCCAGACGGCUUUCUUGGUGGAAUUUUCUUCUGGUCUCUUCACAAAACAGACCCUGUCUUUGUCACCCGGGGCAGGAAGUUUAGUCGUUUCUUCUGCCUUCACGUGGCCACUGCCAGUGUCUCCCACGCCCUCAUUCAGGUGGGGGGGCUCAGGACCCAGCAGCCAAGGUGUGCAAGUAGUUCAUAUCGAGAGAUUACCCAGAAAUCCGUCCCCUCCCCACAUGGGGGCCCGGGCAAAUACUCAUUUUCCUAGAAAAUCCUUUAGAUGUGGAGAUGCAGGAAAUGAAUCCGGUCCCCAGAGUGGUCCUUGCAUCCCUAGGCUUAGAACGCCAGUAGCAGGGCCAUCCUUUUUCUCCCCAGACUCCAGAAUUUCUCUCCUCAAAGGAAAGAAAACAGGGCAUGAGAUUGUUGGCAAAGCAUAGGACCAGUUCCAAAAACUCCAUGUGUGCUCGAUUAAAAGUUGGCUGCCCCCAAGGGCUCCCAGUGCAAACUUAAAGAGACAGGGCUCUGCCGAAAACCAAACAAGGGCCAGCUGGGUUUUUUUUUUUUUUUAACAACGUACAGGCUUUCCAGAGCUGCCUGGAACGGAGCCUGCUGGAAACGGGGCUCUCCCAACACACGUAGUUUCCUGCAUGGCCUAUUUUGUCCCCAGAAUCUCAACAAAGUUUUCUUUCCUGUUCCUUCCUUUUGUGACCAAAAAAAAAAAAAAAAAAACAAAAGGGAGGGGGGAAGGGGGACAGGUUCCGAGCGUCGAAAAGUGCCUUGUGACCAGGGAGGGAGUAAGAUCCCUAGUUCUUAGGUGUCCUGCCCUCUCUUGUCCAGUUCUCAGCCUAGCUGCUGGGGUGGAAGCCAAAACCCCAGCAGGACAGAGCAAGCCCUCGGCACUUACACGUUCAUUCAAUACAGCCAAGUGCUGGCUUCUCUCCUAGAAAAGUAGGUUUCCUGGCUUGAUGGAGUCUGGCUUGCUUUGAUUUUGAUGGAAGGGAUGGUACCCAAGUCAAGAGAGCUUAAAUGGUCAAAGGAGAGAGACACCCCAGUGUGUGUGUGUGUGUGUGUGUGUGUGCGCGCGCGCGCGCGUGCGUGCGUGCGUGUGUGUAAAUGGCGAGGAAAGGAAACCCAAGCUGACUGGGGAUGACCACUGACAGAAGGCCACAGCUUUGGGCAGCUUUGAGAAGCAGUACAAGCGUUGUGUGCCUGUGUGUCCGGCCCUGGAGCCGGUGGGUGUGUUUCUUUUAAGCUUUUAGAAGCAGUUCAUUGACACCCCCUAUAAGUCCAUAGUUAUCCCUGUGUUCCCUUCUCCCCAGCUUACCCACUGGACUUGGCAUGGUAGGCUACAGGGGGUCCUGCCUCUGAUCCCACUCUCUUCUCACGUGUAUUCAUGACCUUUAACUUCACUUUCCAACCACGGUACGUCCAUAAAGACAGUAUUACACUUAAAUGAAGUAUUCCUUUUUGUAAUCGUUUUUUAGAAAGUAAAGGAAUUUAAUAAAGCUACCUUAUGAUUAUGCCAAA